AUGAUUCAGUCGCUUCUGCCCAUUGCGCGGAAUGGAUUGAAGCAUGUUAAAUAUUGUGCAUUCGCUUUUGAUCUCAAAUGCGAUUCUGUUCGUGUGAAUCGUUAUCACUAUGAGCGAGUAGUCUCCCCUGGCAUUGGCUUAUCUGGGCUCACCUUACAAUCGGGACCGAGUCGCCUUCUAAAAGAUGAGUAUUCAGCGGGUGCACUAGUGGGUGAAAUGGAUUUUGAUGGGAACGAUAUCGGCGCAAUACAGCACCAUCCUUCACAAAUGGUUGGUCCACCGGGCAGUUACGGUUACCGUCCUCAAGGUUCAGGUAAUUAAAGGAAUGGCAACCGGUUUAAUUUUUG